AUGGUCUACCUUGUAUGCAACGGACGAACUCCCCUUCGAAGACUCACAGCCCGUCAUUGCAGCACGUCUCGAACGCGAUCCCGAAUGAUCCUUCGUAGAUUGCUGCGGCAAACGCAUUGUAUCUCUCCAUGUAGCCAAUAGAUAACACCACGAGGGUAGCUGCAGGUACAUUGCCGGGAACCGGGUCAUCGCAAGUCGCCUCCAGUCGGCGCUUUUGUAUCCACCUCCCCAACAAGGUAAGGAGCUUCAGAUCCCAGUGACUUCAUAAGGUAGGUGGGAACUCGAGCUUGUUUUCCUAUCGAGAUUCAAAUACCGUCAAUUCCUCGUCUCUUCAACUUCAAUUGUCGCAAACAUGAGGCUUCAAUUCGUCUUCUCGGGUGCGCUGCUUCUAGCCCCUGCCAUUGCUUCACUUUACGGCGAGAGCAAUGUUAACCACACUUGUCUCUUUAGCAAGCCAUUGUUGUCAUGUUCGCCCCAUGCUAUUCCUUCUGAAGUGGACACUUGUUGCGUAGAGACAUUUGGAGGGCUAUUGUUGCAGACCCAGAUUUGGAGCUCGUACACUGGUUUCGAGUCAGAAGGCCAGGUCUUGCCCAAAAACUCAUGGACAGUUCAUGGAUUGUGGCCGGAUUUUUGUAAUGGAUCAUACACGCAAUACUGUGAUCUGAAUCGGCAAUAUGAUCCUGCACCGUCGCCAAACACCACCAAUGGUCUUCCCAAUGGCACUGUUGUUCCUCCUUAUACAGGUCCGGGUAUUAGCACGUUCGUAGAGGCUUUCGGGAAAUUCGAUCUUCUAGCCUGGAUGAACAAGUACUGGGUGUCAUCAGGCAGCCCGAAUCAGGACUUCUGGGGCCAUGAGUUCUCCAAACACGCAACAUGCUACUCCACGUUCGACGUGCCUUGCUACGGUCCUCAGUACAAGGAGCACGAGGAAGUCGUCGAUUUUUUCGAAACCGCUAUCAAGUAUUUCGAGAAGUACCCCACAUUCCAAUGGCUCGCACACGCGGGAAUUCGGCCCACGAACGUGACUGCGUACUCGCUGUCUGAUAUUCAAGGAACCUUGGCGAAGCACUCCGGCGGUAUCCCGUAUGUUAGCUGCACUGGACCGCGUUACAACACCACGGAAGCAGGAAAGGGUUCGCUUGAUAACGGAGCUACCGUUCUCGGCGAGAUUUGGUACUAUUCGCAUGUAAGUUUUAGUGACGCUGAACUCUGCAGCUUCAAGUCCGCAACUGACUCCGCACAGGUCAAGGGCAGACCUCAAGACAGCCAUUCUGUGCCAACGGAUGCAACAGGAUCUACUUCGAACUGCGCAAAAGCUCCCAAUGCUGUUCACUACUACGAACGGGCAAAAGGGUCGGAGAAAUGAGGGUCGAUUACGCAAGCUCAAACUCGUCGUAAAAAACGCCUAUAAUGAUAAUGUACUCAGCAUUCUACGAAAUACCGAAAGGGGCAAAUGGAAAUAUCUUCUAGAAUAGUAAAACACUCUUCUGUCACCAGUUUUCAACUGGGUUUGUGAUUCGUAGUGAUGAUCUUGGUAAUUUGUCGAGGAC